AUGUCGACCCGAACGCCUGCCGCCGGCACUUCAUUCGUCGGCGACGCCAAGCAACCUUUCCGGUCUGCCUCGGUCGUCCCGUCCGGUUCGACUACCCCUUUCACUCCGGUCUCCGCUCCCAGCCCUGGGGGCUCUCUCGGAUUCUACGGAGCUAUUAACCCUACGCAACCUUCCGCUGGUCCGCCUGCGCCAUCGUCCCACUCGCCUGUUGAGGUUUGGACUAGCGAUUUUAGCCGCUUUCCAUCCUCGCAGCCUAGCGGGGCGAACCCAGCUACCCUCCCAAGACCUUUCACGGGCGACUUACUCGAAGGCCUCGUCUACGCCCGGUUGUCCGGCCGCGAUGUGGUCGGAGAGUGUCGCUUCAACCUCCUCCUCCUCCUCCUCAUCGGAGAUGCGUCAAGCCGCGAAGAAUGCCAUCGACAAGGUUCAUUUGCGAGAUCUCCUCGACCAAGACGGGAAGUUCAAAUUCACCUCCGCCGACCGGACGAGGCCCAGCGCAUCUACCUUGAACUCAACUCGCUCGACGUUCAAGGUCGAUACCGUCCGCUCUUCGAAGAAUGCAACGCUCUAGUCUGCGAAGACGUAGAUCCGGACGACAUUGUCGACUCGAAGAACCUUGACGACAAGGACGGCCGAUUCUACCUCGCAGGGAAGCAACGCGACCGAGUCGAGUACGUUACCGAAGGCAUGGAGGGCCUAGUCGUGGCAAUGCUGCGUUUGGAGGGCGAGAAUCGGUUCUGGAAAGUGGAUCACGCGGAGUCCCUUACCAAAGCUCUGUCAGGCGCGUCCUCUAGAGGUAUGAUCUCGGACGCCUACCGCACUGUUCAAUACCGCGUGGCCAAAGCGUCGACGCUCAUUCAUCAACGUCUCGCGCUACACGGCGGAUACACGUACCCUAGAUCCGUCAGAUCUACCGCCUCCGACUUCAGCAACGACUUGGCUACCUCCGUCACGAAGAGAGCCAUGGUCGACAAAUGGCUGAAGCAACCCGAUAUAUUCCCUAACCUUACUCCUGAGUACCAGGCCGUGGUACAACGCCGUCUGAGUGACUCGCGGGAAAACGAGGAUCCUGCCUCCCUCGCGCAAGUCCCUCCGGAGCUGCGGUUUAAGAUCCUUCCCGGCUCGCUCCUCGCCAACUCCGUCAUCCUCAACGCUUCCAUGACGCAAGACUACGACGCGACUGGAGCCGGCUCACUGGCUUCGCCAGAGCGAGUCGAACAAGAAUUGACCCACGGAGUGUCCCAAUCCACCGCCGAGCCGUCUGUUCCUCCUAAAGGAUCACUCGAGUUCGAUUACCGCCUCCGACCGUCGAUACCCGUCCUCGCUACAUGCAAAGGUCUAGCUAUGGGAACCCCGCGUUCGAGCUACAGCCUCCAGGCAAACGACUCGGCGCGUCCAGUUCCAGGAACCUCCGUCAAUCAGUCAAACCGGUCUACCAGACGUAAGCGCAUCCUUCGCCUUCCCGUCUCAACCGUUUUCGGCUCCGACCUCCAAGGAAGAGCAACGAUCCUCCGGCCCUCACCCCCGAGGCCAUUCUCGCGCUUUGCCCGACUCGUCCGCCGCUCAAGCCGUACGCGACGCGUGUACCCGAACGGAGCGCCGCCGUCCGUAGCUCAACCGUCCCAAGCUAUUCCUUCAGCGUCCACGAACGCGGCAUCUAUCAAGGAUACAGGGACCUUCCUCCUCAUCUCGCUCAACCUAAUGUCGCUCCGCAAGCCUUUAAAGGGCCGAACGGUGAUCAUUACUAUGUCUAUCAACCCAACUCUGCCGUUAUGCGACGCCCCGGGAGCCCUGGUCCUCCCUCCAAUCACUCGCCUGGCUACCCCGGAGACGCGAACCCGGGCGGUGGCCCGCCAUUCGGAGGACCUCCAGGCGGCGGAGGCGGCGGCGGUGGAGGUGGCGGCAGUGGUGGUGGACCCGACUACGACCCGUACGGUGGAGGUCCCCCCGGUGGAGGUCCCCCCGAUGGAGGUCCCCCCGGUGGAGGUCCCCCUCCCGACGGAGGCUACUCCUACGGGUUCCUCCCCGGCAACCAGCCCACCAUCAUCAUACACCACUCUCCAGCCCCUCGCGAGCUAG